UGAAACCCGGAAGCUGCACCUGACCCGGAAGCAUUUCUCGGAUAUCGCCGCCGCUGAACAGACUCUGAUUUGACGGAGAGACAAAAAGUCCGGGAACGAAACGGUAUGGACUCUCCAGGCAGAAGCCAAAGUCCCAAAUCUGCACAGAGAGAACACAGUGGAUCUUCAGAAGACGAGUCCAGUCCAGCAGCAGAGAAACCCCAACAGGCCGACUUGGUCGAGAGCAGCCCCAAAGACAAGCCCUCCCCUCAGGCCUCCCCUCAGGCCAGUCCUGCAGGCCGCAGCCCCUCCAGGAGCCCGGCCUCCAGCAGCUCAGACGACAGCACCAGCAGUGAUGAAGACGAUGAACAUAACGGGGCGCUGAGGAAGCUCAGGAGCAGCGUGGCCCAGAUCAAAAGAUCCAGAUCCAGGUCCAAAGAGCAAGAUCGAUCCAGAUCUAGAUCCCACGGAUCCAGGUCGAAAUCCAGAGAACGAGGCAGAUCCAGGUCAAGGUCCAGAGACCGAGACAGAUCCAGAUCAAGGUCCAGAGAACGAGACAGAUCCAGGUCAAGGUCCAGAGAAAGAUCCCGGUCCAGAGGAAGAGACAGAUCUGGUUCCAGGGGACGAGACAGGUCCAGGUCCAGAGAGAGGGAGCGAGACCGGGAGCGCUACGACAGAGGACGCUAUGCUAGAGAUCGCUAUGAUGAUCGGCGCGAUGACAGGAACGGCCGUUUUCCCCGGCGGACCAAUCGAGAUGAAGAGUGGGAUCGCAGGAGGCGUGGCCGCUCCGCUUCCUCUCCGACAGACAAGGAGCCGGUGGCGGCAGAUGAGCCGCCGGUCAAGAAGAAGAAGGAGGAGCUUGACCCAAUCCUGACGAGGACCGGUGGAGCUUACAUCCCCCCCGCCAAGCUGCGUAUGAUGCAGCAGCAAAUCACCGACAAGAGCAGCCUGGCCUAUCAGAGGAUGAGCUGGGAGGCUCUGAAGAAGUCCAUCAACGGUUUGAUCAACAAAGUCAACGUGUCCAACAUCGUCAACAUCAUCCAGGAGCUGCUCCAGGAGAACAUCAUCAGGGGGAGGGGUCUCUUGGCUCGCUCGGUGCUGCAGGCUCAGGCAGCGUCUCCCAUCUUCACCCAUGUUUAUGCCGCCGUCGUUGCCAUUAUCAACUCCAAGUUCCCUCAGAUUGGAGAGCUGAUCCUCAAGCGUCUCAUCCUGGCUUUCAGAAGGAGCUACCGCCGCAACCUCAAGCUACAGUGCCUGACGGCCUCCAAGUUCGUGGCUCACCUCAUCAACCAGAACGUGGCCCAUGAGGUUUUGUGUCUGGAGAUGCUCACUCUGCUGCUGGAGCGUCCGACAGACGACAGCGUUGAGGUCUCCAUCUCCUUCCUGAAAGAAUGUGGACUCAAGCUGACCGAGGUCUCCCCCAGAGGAAUCAACGCCAUAUUCGAGCGUCUCAGGAACGUCCUCCACGAGUCGGCCAUCGAUAAGAGGGUCCAGUACAUGAUUGAGGUGAUGUUUGCCAUCAGGAAGGACGGUUUCAAAGAUCAUCCAGUGAUCCCAGACGGCCUGGACCUGGUGGAGGAGGACGACCAGUUCACCCACAUGCUGCCACUGGACGACGAGUACAACCUGGAGGACAUCCUCAAUGUGUUCAAGCUGGACCCAGACUUCCUGGAGAACGAGGAGAAAUACAAAACCAUCAAAAGAGACAUCCUGGACGAGGGCAGCAGCGAUUCAGGAGAGGAGGGAGACGGCAGCGACGAAGAUGAAGAUGAGGAAGAAGAGAACGAGGAAGGCGGAGAAGAUGAGAAGGUCACCAUCUUUGAUAAGACUGAAGUCAACCUGGUUGCUUUCAGAAGAACCAUCUACCUCGCUAUUCAGUCCAGUUUGGACUUUGAGGAGUGCGCCCACAAACUGAUCAAGAUGGACUUUCCUGAGAGCCAGACG